AUGAACGCUAACGAAAUUCCACUCAUCAAUGUGCCUUAUCCACCGGAAUUAACGGUCGAAGAAAUCUUAAGCCGUAGAUCUGAGGAGAAACUACGGUUAAGAGCACCCAAUCAGUUUUUCAUUUAUAGAUUGGCGUACAUAAAAGAACUCAGAAAAAUAAUCGGUGAAAACAUCUCUAUGACCAAAAUUUCUCCCCAAAUAAGUUCUUCUUGGGCUAGAGAACCUCCUGAGAUAAAGCAAGCUUAUAAAAAUCUUUCUGACCUAGCAGAAAAUCGGUUGAAGGAAAUAAGACAAAAUAAUUCAUUAGUAAUUAUAUACGAUAAUAAUUCCUCCCAACCACCACCACCUCCUAGUACUAAUAAUGAUAUAGUUGAUGAAUCGAAUUUCUUUUAUCCUUGUUACUAUUACUUCGAUUACUAUUACGAUUAUUAUUAUUACUAUGAUCAUUACAAUGAUUGUUAUUAUUUUUAUUAA